GGUUUCCCAAAAUAUUGUUAUCAGUUGUUAUGUUUUGAUAAUUUGUUAUCAAUAUUCGAUGUUUUGAAUUUUUAAACGUUCAUCAGUCAUCGCGUAUUUAGUAUUUACUAUACACCUAAGUGACUACGUUUGUAUUCAUUUUUGUUAUACUUGUGUUUUUGUUGUCGGUAUUAUUCUACUUAGUUCUAUCAUGUCACAUAUUAUGAGUGAUGAAUGUAUAUUGGCAAGUUUGGAUGAAAUUAUAGCAAAUGAGGAGUCAGACGACGAAUUCAUUAGUGAUUUAUUCGUAGGUUUUGAUGAUGAAGAAGAAAUAGCUUCAAAUCAAGACAUUGGAAGUGUGCAAGGUGAUGUUCACAAGUACACUGUAUUCCAACAAAAUGAUGCUGAAUAUAAAACUAUAUCAGACACUGAAGAAGAAAUUGUACAAUCUGAUAAUGAAGAAGAAACUGAAGUUUCAUUUCCAACACAUCAACCAAAAGUACUUGUACCUCAAAAAAUUAACAAAGACAUGUUUACUCCAAAUUUUAAAUGGAAAUCUGGUACACCAUUUCAACCUAAGGUUCACCAGUUUUGUUCUGCUAAAAGUGGUAUUCAAAAAGAGUUUGAACUGAACAGUAACUCUACUAUUUUAGAUUUUUUUGAAGCUCUUGUGACUCCAUUUUUAUUGGGCAAAGUUGCUUAUGAAACAAAUGAAUACUUUAGGCAAAAUAUUGAAUCAAAUAAUGUUAUGUCAUCUCGUGAUACAAGUUGGUAUGACACUACAUCAGAAGAGUUAUAUUUAUUCAUUUCAAUACAAAUGCUUAUGGCCAGAAAUAAAAAACUUGAAAUUGCAGAUUAUUGGUCUACAGAUCCACUACUUUAUUCUCCUAUUUUUGGAAAAACCAUGAGUAGAAAUCGGUUUCAAUUACUUUUGCGUUACAUUCAUUUUUGUAAUAAUAACAAUCAAAUCAAAAAUGACCGCUUAUUCAAAAUUGAUAUGGUAUUACAAGACAUAAAGAAUAAUUUCAGAUCUGCUAUGGUGCCAUUUCAAAAUCUGGUUAUAGAUGAGAGUUUGGUGUUAUGGAAAGGAAGACUUUCAUUUAAACAAUUCAUAAGGACUAAACGUCAUCGGUUUGGAGUCAAAUUUUUAUUUUAUGUGAUGUAGAAACAGACUAUAUUUAGAUUUUAUAAUAUACACUGGAAAAACUACACGUCUUGUUUCAUGUGAUGCUAACUUAGGGCAAUCAGGUGCUGUUGUAAAAACAUUGAUGAAAAGAUAUUUGAAUAAAGGUCAUACUCUAUAUACUGACAACUGGUAUACAUCACCAAUAUUAUCAAUUUACUUGCAUAAAAAAAAGACCAAUACUUGUGGAACUGUAAGAUGCAAUCGUCGAGGAAUGCCACCAUUUAAAAAAACUAAAUUUCAACCAGGUCAAACUGAAAGUAAACAUACUGGAAAAAUGUUAACAAUAAAAUGGAUGGACCGGAGAGAGGUGCAUAUGCUUACCACAAUACAUGAAGAUGAACAGUUACCAAUUAAAAAACAUGGUAAAAUAACAAUGAAACCUAAAUGUGUUAAAGAAUACAACGAAAAUAUGGGAUCUGUGGAUAAAACUGAUAUGUUACUAAGUAGUGUAGAGUGUGUAAGAAAAACAAUAAAAUGGUAUAAAAAAAUAUUUUUCCAUUUGAUAGAUUUAUCAUUGUUAAAUGCUUACUCAUCAUAUAAAACAGUUACUGGAAACCAUAUACCAAUAGCUCAGUUUCAAAUAGAACUAAUAAGAUAAAUAAUAGAAAAAUAUCAUACCAAUCGUGUAACAAAAUCAAGACCACCAACUAAAGACCAACCAUCAAAACUAAUUGAUAGGCAUUUUCCAUCAGAAGUUCCAGCAACACAAUCUGGAAGGCUUGCCAGAAGAAGAUGCCAAUUAUGCAAGAAGAAUAAUAAGAGAACUGACACUAGAUAUAUGUGUACAGAAUGUGAUGUGGGCUUAUGCGCAGCACCUUGUUUUAAUAUAUACCACAUAACAAAAUGUUGACUACUAUUUUUUUUAUAUUUUAUUAUAGAUUGUACCUAGUAUAAUACUUAAGUAUAAUUACAUGUAGUGUUUUAAUUCUAA